AAGGUGUAAUUCUAGUCCACAAGCGGUGGCAAAAAUGGCCAGCUCUGUGUAGAAAACCCAACAAAACCAGCAGAAGCAAAAUGGGUCCACAAGCUAACUGGAUUUCAGCGUCGUCUUCUUCCUUGAGCUCUUGGGUCUCUGUAAAUUCAUCCCAUUCCCAACUAUCGCCACUACCAUCUUCACACUCAACCAUCAGGCCCUCGGUAUUCCCUUGCAAAACUCCUAGCCAUGCUCAUGCCUCCAACAUCAGACAAUCCCCUCUCCAUUGUACUUUUACCCAGAAUCGCUUCAGAGCAAAAACUAGAGCUUCCCUUGAUGAAGAAGACCAGGUUGCGCCAUCUCCAGUUGUUGUCCGAGACCGAGGAGAACCUAGCAGAGAAGUUGAGGAGUGUGUGAAAUUGCUGAAAACUGCUGCGAAAACUAGAAAAGUGUCUGUUGACGAGAUUCUGUCUGCUCUGUCGGUGAUUGAGAAGACUAAACUUGAUACUUCUGAUUUUCUUAACACGCUUGGGGGAGGAGAAUCGCCUGGAAGAACCUGGAUGCUCAUUUUUACUGCCGAGAAGAAAUUGAAGGGUGGUCGAUAUUUCCCUCUCACAGCUGUUCAGAGGUUUGAUGCUGCUGCAAAGAGGAUAGAGAAUGGAGUAUAUCUUGGGCCAAUUGGAUCCUUGACAUUUGAAGGAAGAUUUUCAUGGAAAAAUAGAAUACUGGCUUUCAUCUUUGAGUGCAUUCGCAUUAAAAUUGGUCCUUUGAACCCUUUCGAGAUAAGCCUAGGACAGAAUCAAGAUAGAGAGCCAAACACGAAAGAUCCUUUUUUUAUAUGGUUUUAUAUUGAUGAGGAGAUAGCUGUUGCUAGAGGAAGAAGUGGGGGGACAGCAUUUUGGUGCCGGUGUCGCCGUUUACAUAACUGACAUUUGCAUAUGCUU